CCUCCUACGCGUUAAACCGACUGCGUUGUUGCCACGUUUCUUCCUCCCUCUCCUUGAAACCUUAUAAAAGGUCUCCAUCCCUAGUCUCCUCACACCAUCAGUUAACCAUCUCCCUUAGUAUUAUUCCUUAAUCUUUCCAGGUUUGUUCUUUUCUGAUUUUGCUAAUCACUUUCUUUUGCUUCCUAACACACCAUGGCUGAGGAGAAGAAACACCACUUCUUUCACCACAAGGAGGAAAAGCCUGUAGAAGAUUUGACCCCUGAAGAUUAUGAGAAACAAGAGAAACACCACAAGCACUUAGAGCAACUCGGCGGCCUAGGUGCUUUAGCUGCUGGUGCUUAUGCUCUGCAUGAGAAGCACCAGGCUAAGAAAGACACAGAGAAUUCUCACGGCCACAAGAUCAGAGAGGAGGUUGCAGCAGCUGUUGCAGUGGGAGCUGGUGGAUUUGCCUUCCAUGAGCACCAUCAGAAGAAAGAAUCAAAGAAAGAAGGAGAGUCGGCUCACGAGAAGUAUUGAAGAACAUCACAUGUGUGUGAUCUGGGAAUCAUUUCUCUAGUUUUCUCCCCUACUCCUUUUAUUUGCCUUUUCUGUUAAUUAAUGUCUAUGAGGGUGAGAUUUAUCCUAAUCACUAGAAAGUAUGUAAAGCAAAUUGAGGUUUACCCCUCCAAUUUGCUCGAUGGUUUUCUUUGUGGCUUUCUAAUAAUAAAGGUUAUCUUAAACUA